GCGCGAGGUAGACGUAGAGUAGCAAAAUUUUCCGGCGUCGGCGUUACGUUUUUCCUUCUUUUUUUUCUUCUUCUGCGUUUUUUUCUUCUUUUUUUUACCAACAGUAGCAGAUUCUCGUACACGGUACACUUGUCUUCUGCAGAGAGCCAGCCAGCCAGCUAGCGAGCGAAAGAGCGUGCGGCUAUACGCAUCGAGCACCGAAAUACCACGUGUUGAUAGGUCGUUUCGGGCACGGGCGCGGUGCGGUGGCGGUGGCGGUGACGGAAUUUCUCGCGGGGAGAGCUUGCGGUACCCUGUGCGGUACCCCUUCAUUUCGACGAUCUUUCUAAUAGCGGCGUUGGUUUUUCACCGUUUCUUUUCCCCUCCGCUGGUCGCCACUAAUUGCUAUUGUGACGGCGUACCACAAUUUCCCCUAGAAAUUUUUCCAUCUCCCCACUCUCGCGUUUUGGCGCCUUUUUCCGCGGCUCAAUAUUUUUCCACGCCGCGAUCCUCUCUCUUUUUUCCUCUUCGUUUUAUUUCUUGUUGUUUUUUUUUUUCUUGCCUGCCUUUCUUUUUCCCAACAUAUACUUCGUCUUCUUCUUCUUCUUCGGCACCGCAUACGCCAAAAAUCAUGACCGUGAGCUGUGAAAUCGCGGUCGAACCGACGUCUGUAAGAGUUCACCAUUGCAUAUGUUUUAAUUCAACGUCGCGUACACUCGACCUGCUAUCAUAUUGUGGCGACUUCGCGAAAUCCUGCUGCAGUCAUCGACGUCAUCAUCGGCAUCAUCAGCAUCAUCAUCAACAUCACCACAAUAACCACAACAACCGUCAUCUUCAUCAAAUCCAUCACACUACUCGACUCGAAUCCUACGUUUACUCGACGUCAUCAUCGCCAUCGUGAACUAUGUGACUUCUAUUUUUUUUUCGCAAUUUUUUUCCUGUCCUUUUCGAGUUCGCGUUAUUUCAUAUUUUCUUCGAUGUACUCGUAUUUUGAUCAACUUCUUUCGAAUGCGGUGGUGAUUUAUUAUUACCUAUUCUUAGAAUAAGUACACGAGAUCGAUUGUUUUGAUAUGUUAAUGGGUUCGGAUGCGAUGAACAAUUGCGACAAUAUGCUGCUAACGGCCGAUAUAUUGGCCGAACGAACACUCGAAAGUUUACUAGCCGAGCAUCCUGGCGAACUCGUUAGAACCGGGUGUCCGCAUCUGGUCUGUACAAUGUUACCAUCUCAUUGGAGAUCGAAUAAAACUUUACCGGUUGCUUUCAAAGUGGUCGCUUUGGGAGAUGUGAUGGAUGGCACCGUGGUCACCAUUAGGGCCGGAAAUGAUGAAAAUUAUUGCGCCGAGUUACGAAACAGUACCGCUAUCAUGAAGAAUCAGGUGGCCAAAUUCAACGAUUUGAGAUUCGUUGGAAGAAGCGGAAGAGGGAAAAGCUUCACGCUAUCGAUAAUCGUGAACUCAUGCCCUCCUCAAAUCGCAACCUACAAUAAAGCUAUCAAAGUUACCGUCGACGGACCAAGAGAACCUAGAUCAAAAACAACUUUGGAAAAUUUUGCAGGGCAUCAUGGCAUGCAUCCGUUCCACUUUGGUCCACGACUAUUCCCAUUCGCCAAUCCGCUGGAUCUACAUACCCAAAGGAUGACCGAAUCAUUAUCGUUUAAAUUAUCAGGUUUAGCUCACCAUCUAGGAUUAUCGAAUAGCAACGAUUAUUCUUGGUGUGUGCCGUUCAAUCGAGGUUAUCCUUCAUGUUUACCAUUGGGCAGUAAUACGCAAUGCUCGACAUUACCAACGAUGCACCAGUCUCAGCAUUUCUCAAAUUUGCUGAAUUUGACAAACACUGAUCAGUUACCAUCUGCAACAGCUGGUAUGUUACCAGAAUCUCUAACACCCAGUUCAAUCCUCAGCAACAACGACCCAGUCCGAUCAAAAUCGCCACCCAGUAGUUUCACACCAGUAUCAUCAAUCAGAAGGCAUAAAAGAUACAAACUCGACAGCAGCCGCCUUCCCAACGCCGACUUACCACCAGAAACCUCAGACCAACCAGCAGAUAACAAAUUACUGCAGCCACCUCUGCGCUACAAUUCAUUUCCUCAUACCUCAACGUUGUUCAGUCUAUUCCUCAAUUCACCUUUGCUGCCUUCAUCUACUCAAUGGUUGUACACUCAACUUUAUCCCAAUCCGUACUCGGCGUUCCAGCUGAAAAAUUCGUUCGAAGAUGUUACUAAUAAAGAAGACGACGAGAGAAAGGUUGACAGUGCUCCUAGUUCACCCGUACGUAAAAAGACUCCAUCGCCGACCGAGUUUUGUAAAACUUCGAUUAAAAAUUCAUCCAAGCAUUCGGAUGUUUGGAGACCUUAUUAGAUGAUUGCUAAAAAAAAAUACCUAUACCUACUUAUAAUAAAAUCACAACAGGGUGUCCUAAUCUUCUACUAUAUACAUCAAUUACUGUGUGAUAAUUUUACUAUCUUUGAACGUACAUAAAUGUAAUACAUAACUGUACCUAUAUGUGACGCAACGGGACAAAAUCGACCUUCGGACCUAAAAAAUUAUUUUUCACUUUUUGACGGAUUUUCGGUACUCGGACAUUCAAAAAUCAUUUAAAACCACCCAGAAGUCCCUAUGAUUUGCAUAGCUCCAAAUACAUGGUAAUCCAGUCAGAAGUGUGCUCAUUUUUUUGAUUUUUUUGAUUUUUUUUUUGAUUUUUUCAUUAUUUCAACUUUUAAAUCGAUCUGGAGGCGAAACAAAGCGUUCUACGAGAAAAAUACAUCGAUCAAAGUUGUAGAGAAUUAAAUUUCCAAAAACCUAUAAGAGGUUUAUUUUUCUCCUAAAUGCAUAGUUUUUCUGUUUUUCUCAAAAAACAAAAACCUCAUGAUGAUUACCAUAAAAUUUCUGUUUUUUGAGAAAAACAGAAAAACUAUGCAUUUAGGAGAAAAAUAAACCUCUUAUAGGUUUUUGGAAAUUUAAUUCUCUACAACUUUGCUCGAUGUAUUUUUCUCGUAGAACGCUUUGUUUCGCCUCCAGAUCGAUUUCAAAAUUGAAAUAAUGAAAAAAUAAAAUGAAAAAUUGAAAAAAUGAGCGCAAUCACGACUGAGCCCCCUGUAUCAAUGUAAAUAACCAUUUUACCCAGUGAUAUUCACACAAAACAGGCAAGAAACGUUAUCCAAGACUAUGUUUAGCUCAGUUUAGCCGGAGAACCUGAUUAGAACGCAAGCACUUCCGCUAAACGAGCAGAACUGGACUGAAAACUUUAACCCCCCAUAACUCAAAAACUUGUUUUCGGCUCGAAGGUCGAUUUUGUCGCGUUGCGUCACAUAUAUGUAACCCAAUCAAUUUGUCAAAACAGGUGCAUGAUGCUUUGUAAAUAUAAUGUAAUAGGUGUACUUUUAUUAUUAAAUGUCUCCGAAAGGAUAAAUUGUAAAUGUAUAAAUAUGAAUUAAGUGUUAUAAUACGAGUAUUACAUGUUUCAUUUUUUCUUUCUUUUCAA